AUGAACAAGGUGUUCAAAUAUAGCAGCGAGGGGAAAAGAGGAAAAGUCAUCCCAGUGCCAGAAAUGAUAACGCUACUUCUGCGAGACUUUCUGAGGAAGAAAAAAGAAUCAUAUAAAGUGGAGAACUUCUCCAACGAGGAGAAAAUGAAAGAGCCGACGAGUAAUGUACCCAGUUACAUGGUGGAGGCACCAAAACUUCUCUGGGAUUGGUGGAAAAAGGAGAGAAAACUUCGACUGAAAUACGAUAAGGAAGGUAAACGGUCAAGCAAAGUGUGCAAGGUCGUUGAUGGAGUAUUCCAUGUGAAAUCCUCUCACCGGUCUGAGCCACACCAACUGAACAUCAGAGGACCAACUUGCACCUGCAGAAACUUCAGCAGGACCCACUUCCCCUGCAGACAUAUUUUUCAAGUUAUCGAUGAUGGUUUAAUGAAAUGGGAGGACCUACCUGAAGAUUACAGAAACAUACCGUUCUUCGUAAAAGAUAAAGGAAGUGAUAUUGGGAUAUGGCCAGCUGAUGCAGAUGUAAACAAAUGCUGCGAUUAUCCAGCAUCAGAAGAUGAGGAUGAAGAAGUAGAAGAUGAUGAGGUUGGAGAAAAUGGGGAUAAAAGAAAGAAGAAACGGGACAUAGACUAUAAAGGAGAUUGGCGGGAGCUUUCAAACAGAAUAACUUCCUUCAUUAAUGAUCCCGAGUUUGACGUGAUGGACGAUGAUGUCCGUGCAUUAUGUUUAAAGAAACUGUCAGAUACCGCCAAUGAUGUGGCAUCCUAUAUUUACAAAAGAAACUAA